GAAAGAGGAGUGUGAAGUACUGAAUGAAAUGCAAGAUAGAGAUCAGUAUAGCAAAAAUGAUUACAUAACUGGACAAAAAUCAUUUAGUUGUUCACAGACUGAAAAGACUUCCUCACAAAAAAGAGCUCAGAAGACUGGAACUAGAAUUAAUUUCACCUGCCAACAGUGUGGAAAAAAUUUCAAUCAACAAGGAAACCUUAAAGUCCACAUGAGAAUUCACACCGGAGUGAAGCCUUACACCUGCAAACAGUGUGGAAAUACUUUCACUGAAAAAGGAAACCUUAAAAAACAUAUGAGAGUUCACACAGGAGAGAAGCCUUACACCUGCAAACAGUGUGGAAAGUGUUUCAAUCAACAAGGAAUCCUUGAUGUCCACACGAGAGUUCACACUGGAGAGAAGCCUUACACCUGUCAACAGUGUGGAAAUAGUUUCACUGAAAAUGGAAACCUUAAAAGGCACAUGAGGAUUCAUACUGGAGAGCAGCCUUAUGCAUGCCUUCAAUGUGGAAAGAAUUUUAAACAUAAAAGCAUUUAUAAUGCCCACAUGGGAAUUCACACUGGAGAGAAACCUUUCACCUGCCAACAGUGUGGAAAACAUUUCAGUCAACAAGGAAACCUUAAAGUCCACAUGAGGGUUCACACCGGAGAGAAGCCUUACACCUGCAAACAGUGUGGACAUGGUUUCAUUAAAAAAGAAAGCCUUAAAAGACACAUGAGAGUUCACACUGGUGAGAAGCCUUACACAUGCUCUCAGUGUGGAAACAGUUUCACUCAACUAUCGAGCUUUAACAGGCACAUGAGAAUUCACAUCAGAAAGGAGCAUUAAACCUCCAAACUGUGUGGAAGAACUUCACAACAAAACUAAACCUCAAGGCCAAUGUAUACUUCGGUUUUUACGUCUACACGAGGGUCUGCGUACAGUAUGCAUGACGCAAAAUUCACCAAAAUAGUAUGCGCACCAUCUGAUUUUUGUAACUGUGCGUACUUUGUACGUGCAGGUCACAUAUGAGCAUUGACUUGGUUUUGCACUAAUCAGUUGUUCCAAGGUGGCAACACUGGUCCAGGCCAUUGUUUUUUUGUAGUAGAAAACAAAACUAAAGAGACAGAACAACAAUAACAAUGCUAGUGUAUGGGUACAAAAACGAAUUAUACUUUAGGUAUCACAUGAAUAGUUACACCGGUGAGAAUCUGUUUACAUUUGGUCAGUGUGGGUGGGGGUUG